AUGCCAAUCCAUCAAAAAGAAUUCUCUACCCCACCAGCCCAUCCACCAGUGGGUACACCCAAAGACUCUCCAUCCGCACUGCCCUGGUACUCCAUAGCACCGGGGGUAUGGGAGUUCCUGCUAAACGGCGACGGAGAACACAAAGCUGUGUUGCAGUGGUGGGAACCAAAUACUGUCUCUGCGCAGACAGAUCCAAUAACACAUACCUACACCGAAGAGGUCUGCACACUGCGCGGCGGGCUGGAGGAUCUUUCGCUUGGACACUCGUGGGGUAUUGGUGCUUAUGCAUACCGGGAACCUGGAAUGGAGCAUGGUCCGUAUCGGGCGACGAAGGAGGGGUGUCUGCAGUUUGUUAAGGUCGUGCCGGUGAAGAAGUAG